ACGACCAUGGUCUCCGCGGCUAGUACUUGGGUAUUUUUACUGAGCUUUUUAUCUAUCAUAAGAGAUCACGUGGUAUCGGCGGCCUCAUACUGCUACUACAGUUACUACUACAGUUACUACUAUUGUUACUAUUACUACUACUACUACUACGAAACUGACGGUGGGUCAAUCGCUGGAGCUGUGGUGGGAUCCAUUGUAGUGGUCAUUAUCAUCGUAAUGGUCGUCGUGAUAAUCUGCUACAAGAAGCACAGACAACCCGGAGUGAUCGUUCAACCUGCAUCGAUAAAUGUGACCACUGUCCACCACACGAGCACCACAGUUCCUCCAACGCAACCCGGAUACGGACAACCAAUGGGAUACGGACAACCCGGAUACGGACAACCGAUGGGGUACGGACAACCAGGGUACGGACAACCGAUGGCAUACGGAGGACAACCCACAUAUGGAGGACAACCGCAGCCAGGCUACAGUGAACAUUCAAGCGGCGAUGCCGCUUACCCGCCAACGCCACCGGUGAUUUGAUGAAUUGAAACUUUUCUUGACUUUCCAGUACUCCGUAUAUUAUGCGGUACUGUGUGAUAAAAAGAUGCAAUAUUCAGUAUUUGAUAUUUAUUUUAAUCAGACAGACAGACAGACUAAGAAAGAUAUUUUAUAUUAAAGAGGUACUCUACAUCGUCAUAAUGGUUGACAUCCUUUCAAAACAUGGAUGAAAAUAUAAAUACAUGCGUCAGCAAUAUUUGUCUUCAUUUAAAAAAAAAUCGCCUAGUUGAGUAGCUCAGUAGGUUAGCAUGUUGACUGCUGAACUGUAGAUCGCGUGUUUGAGUCCAGCAGGGAUUUUAAAUUUUUCUCAGAUUGCUUUCUACUAAAACUAAAUUGUUUUGACUAAAUGAAGUAAAUUUGAAAGUUUCAAAAUAUUGUUGUACAUAUCCUUCACUUUUCAUCCAUAUCAAAUUUCUCUGGUGUAGAAUACCUCCUUAAAAACCUAAUGUGCGUUUGUUUUAUCAUAUAGAAAUGUACCUUAUUAGUAUUUAUCAAGUUAUGUUCUGUUUGACAAUGAAUAGACGAAUAAAGCGGUUUUUUAUACGGAG